AUGGCAAGAGUAGAGUUGUCCCACGUGGGCUUAGAGUGCUCCGGCCACAGUCGCCGGAGCUCCGUCAGUGUCAAUAUCUCCGACGCCGAUAAGGGUUCUUGUUAUUCUCAGUUUUAUUCCACUGCUGAUGCAUGUGCCAAUGAGUCUAAUAAUUCAGUGGAUAUAGAAAAUGGAGAUGGUGAAAGUAAGGUGAAAAUUGAACGAGACUGUAGAAUUUGCCACCUGAGUUUGGUGAGUGAGUGUGAGAUUGCCAUUGAAUUGGGAUGUUCAUGUAAAGAUGAUUUGGCGGCUGCACAUAAGCAUUGUGCUGAAACAUGGUUCAAAAUCAAAGGAAAUAAGUAA